CGGUGUGCUGGCAACAAUAGUGUUGUCGGAAGUGUACAGAUUAUUUGGUGUCUGAUGUGUACAGCUGAUAUUGAUUGAAGAUAUGUAAAGCAGAUAUAGGAGUAAAAAAUCUAUAGGUGAAACUAGUGCGACAUAUGUACAGAUUGUGGGACAUCAGAAGCUGUCGGCUCGUGUUUGUAUUUCAAGUGUGUGGAACUUUGAAUACAAAAAUAGUGGAAUACAUGCACAGAGACCGCCAUCACUAGUGACAAUCUAAAUCAUGUCUGUAAACUACAUGUGUUAUAAGCAUUGACACACUGAAGCUACUAUUGGUAUCAGAGGAGUGAAGCUACUAUUUGUGUCAGAAUUUUGAAGCUACUAUCUGCAUCUGAUGAUUGAAUCUAUGCUUUGUCUCUGAGGAUUAAAGCUUCUAUUUGUUUCAGGAAAUUGAAGCUGCUGUUGGUGCAAAAGGGUUGAAGCUGCUGUUUGAGUCAGGAGAUUGACUUUGGAUUGGUAUCAUGUGAUUAAAGCUACGAUUUCUGUGAGGAAAGUGAAGCUACUAUUUGUGUGAGAGGAUCAAACCCAUUAUGAGUUUCAGGAGAUUGAAGCUACUAUUUGUAGCAGAGGUCUGAAGCUCAUAUUUUUCGUCAGAGUAUUUGAAGCUACUGGUUGUACCAGCGGAUUACAACUACUAUUUGUGUCUUCUGAUAAAAAACACUAUUUGUUUCAGUGGAUUGAAGCCACUCUAUCUUUCAGGAGGUUGAAUCUACUGUUUCAGGAGAUCAAAGUUACAGCUUGUGUCUUUGGGGCUACCUGUGAAUAGUGUCAGAUAUCGUGGAAGUGAAUCUCAGUCCCUCACUACUGGAACCACAACAGUCCAGCAACAUAGUGCUCAGCAUCAGAAGCGGAAAUAUUAAAGCGUCUGAUGCGCUACACAAAAGAGUAAAGUCUACAUUGUUUCAAUGUAAUCAACAGCUGAAUGACCCACUCAGUGCAUUGCCUUGCUAAACACAUUCUGUAUCAGCUCGCAAUGAUGGAGUUCCCAGUGUUAACCAGCAACCAGUUAAUGUAAAUCUACUUGUGGUGUUUAAUCUAUCAACACACUGGAAUAAACACAAGGCACUUUGUUCCAUAUGGAUUAAUUCGGGAUCACAGAUGUGAAAGAGCUCAGUGUAGUGAUUGUAUAUCUGCAGAGGGAAAGUACAAUGGCCGUAACACACCAGCGACCAAACAUCGCAACUGGAUGUAAAUCCCAAUGCUGGUCCUCAACAAGAAAAGCUCAGUAAUUGUGAACAUUCUGGGAUAUCUCAACGCCAUCCUGUUGACAGUUUAGACAGGCUGGAGUAUUGCUGAGUGUGGAGUAAAACUAAACUCACUCACUCUAACACUCAACAGUCUUCUAAGGAGGAACACCAGGAGUACACAUAACUGUCGAUAUCAGCGUUAUAAUCAAGGUCAUGGUCAUCAAGUGUCUGUCCCACCAUUCCGACUACUGCAUGCUUGGAUUCACUACAUAAUAAUUUUUGUCACGCAUAAACAACUCACAAAGCGUAAUUUAUGACAACACAAAGCAUAACAUACCAUACUAACACUCUGAGGAUUACUGAAGCCAAUAUCAUUAUCAAAUGUCUGACAGGACAUUAUCAUUUGAAAAAUGCAUAUUUAUGAGUAAACUUUGAAACAGGCCAUUUUUUUAGAUAUUCAGUUCCCAUGUGUUUAUAAACUAGAAAGCUUUUUACACAAUUUACAUUUUGAUUAAGCGGGCCUGUCAUUCAGGUUAGUUUGGAGAAAGAGGUUAGUUUUUCCAUCUGUUUCAAACUGUGUGAUAAAUGGACAACGCUAGCACGUCCCUCGGGACAUAUGACAGAUCACAAAGGGUAUGUCAAUUUUUUAAAGUUCAGUCUUAUUUAGAGAACAAGUCAUCAGAUUGAUAACUUCAAAUGAAGUUAAGAAGCCAAGGUGGCCAUCACCACAAAGAAACAGGCCGAGAGUCAGAAAUUUGACAAACUGCAGCUGCACUGCAAACCAACAACAUUCCUUGGGGACCAGAAAAACACAAUCGCAUCUCAACUUUCUGAUAUCAUUUUGAAAAGUUUUGGAUUUGUGGUGAAAAAUAUGGAGAGUCAACACUGAAAAAUUGUCAGCUGAAAUUCUCGGGAGAAUUGCAAAUUACGAUUAUUGCAAAAUUGCCCAACUUGUCAUCAAACAGGAUAUGGUUGGUGAUCAAAAAAGCCUUUCAAACCAUGUGACAAAUCUGCAAGUAUCACAAAUUUCAUAAAUGCAUUACAGCCAUUUUGUCACUUUACACUUAGUGCCGAUGAAGUGUUUCGUCACAGUGCUGCAAUAGUGAUCCGUCUUUUCAACACAGCAGAGGAAGUGGCUCUAUUUAACUCUUGCCUGCCACGUACCAGCAUGUAAGUGAACUGUGAAAGGGAGAUUGAGACAUAGGAAUCUUCUGUCCAAAGCUUGGAUUUCGUCUAUGUCUAGCACAGUAGUAGCUGUGUAGAGGAACCGCUCAAGAAGCACCAUUAAGACAAAUCAAUGAGAAAUCCUUCUGGAUCAUGCCUAUUGUGACCAUCAGUGUAGGGUGGACAGGAGAGUAAGCACUGAGAAAAAAAAUAACAUAACAAAUGUCGCGGGGCCAACUCGGUAAAGCGCAUUGCAAUCAGCACCUACAUUCCAUCUGAUUCCAAUAAAGCCAAGGGCAGGUAUCAGCAUUUGAAACAUGAACUUUAAGUGUCAGAUUUACAUAGAAAGUAUCAUGAUGAUUCUAUUGAGUAUUGAGAAAAUCAAUGGUGGAUCCCACAAGGUGCAGCUCAGCGCACCCCAGAAUGAGACGUUCCUCGUCUAUUUCAAUCCACCAGUGAUCAAUAAUCUGAAAGUGAAUUCACGACAGAGCGUCUAUUUCAACUGUUCGCUGCUUGAGCCUGGCUCUGGUAGCCAGGAAAAUAGCACAUCUUAUGCAUUUGUGAUAGUCUCAGACAAUGACAACAUAGCCCGGCCAGUGGUGGACAGUCUAUAUGACAAGCCGGUGGAUAUGGAGCAGGAGGAACGAUAUGCUGUCAUGUCUGUGGAAGCUGACCGAGAACACAACUUCACCAUUGAGGCUAUGCACAUUGGGCGUGUGACGAUGUCUGUCGCAAUGCUCAACACAUAUCACACAAGCAUGGAUGUACCGGAGGCCCACUAUGUCCAAGCCAUCAGUGUCGCUGUGAAACGAGAACAACGUCUUGCCGACAUUGUGUUUAAUAGUUCGGCUGCUGCAGUGGCCAUCCUUAUAAGUUUUGGCAUUGGCUGUGUGACCGAUACUGAGAGCCUGAAGAGACAGUUGAAAUACCCCGUGUCCCUCGUCAUUGGCUUUUGUUGCCAGUUCAUCCUCAUGCCUGUUGUGGCGUUUGGGUUGGCGAUGUUGCUUCCUGUCAAUAAAGAUAUACGUUUUGGAUUACUAUGUGUGGCGUGUGUGCCUGGGGGCGGCCUUGGGCAUGUGGCCGUCAUGAUCGGUGAUGCUGACGCUCCCCUCAGCCUCACCAUGAACAUGAUCAGCGUCGUAGCUAUGUUAGGUACGGCUCCAUUAUGGGUUUUUGUUCUUGGACAAUACUUUCAACAAGAAGCUGAAGAGAAGACCACAAAGAAUAUUCCAAUUUACAAUUUCGAAAUUUGGUUGGCUUCAACAUUUUUUGCUUACACAUUCGGACUGGUGAUAAACAGGUUCCGGCCUGUGAUAGCAGACGCCAUUUUAACCUGGUUGAUUAAACCACUGUUGCUUCUUGCUACCAUUCUCUAUAUCACAUUAGGCGUUUACAUAAAUAUGUAUGUGUUUGACAGCAUCGAUAAUUACGCAGUUCUGGGGGCAAUUCUGCUUCCUGUGUGUGGAUGUGCAACUGGAUUUGUGUUCUCCGUGGCAUGUCGGCAGAAAGUCCGCUUCAUCAAAACAAUAGCACUGGAGACGUCCAGCAUGAACUGCCUGAUUGUUUUAGCUGCUCUACGAUUUUCUCUUCCUCAACCAGAUGCUGAUAGGGCCUCUACGAUUCCAAUAUGGGUUAUGUUCACUAUGCCAGGACUUUACGUCUGUUUGGCCAUCCUGCAGAUGGUCAAGAAGAGGGUUGAUAAUUUCUUGGAAAGUCGGAAACAGAAGAACUGUCGGAACUACAGUAUUGUUUCUGGCAUCGUGAAUCAGCCAGGAAUAGCAGCUCUGUCUGCUCCACUGUUUGUGGAGGAAAAUUCCGAGGAUGAACACAAUACCCCCAAUGAAAAAGUGACAGUGUUAUAGCAUUUCUACGGCUUAGGACUUUCCAAUUAUCUUUAGUACAGUAACAACCAUUCUCAGGUCGACAUCUCAGUGGUAAAGCAUAAGCAAUGUUUCUUGGUUUACAUGUGUAUGAAUGUUGAUUUUUAUUGCAAUUGUUGAUACAUGCUUAGGAUGUUUUUCCAGCCAACAAAUCUCUAUGGUGCUGGUCACCACAUGCAAAUGUUUCCAUCUAGACGCACAUGUAAAAAACACAUAUUCACGUUGCACUCGCAAUGCUUGUCACAUGACCUCGGUACGUGAGCAGACAACAGUGCAAUCCUCUCCCACUUUGUCUGUUAUUCUGAUUUCAAAUUUAUUUUUUAUCAUGUAGUCCCUCCAGACAUGGGUGGAUGCCCCAUAUGUCCUUCAGUGAUUUGUGCAUAGCAACAGUACCAUCUGCCCGUAACUCUUAUCCUGUCGAACAAACAUACACAAAGUUGCAUCUAGGAGAAUCCCUACAAAUUUCUGAUGUAUUUUAGGGAGCAUGGAUACUAUUUGUUUAUUUUAUACAUUUUUUGCUGACCAUUAUGCAUUCAUUUUGAUAAGAAAUAGGUGAGCAUCCAUUCCUAGUGAUUAAAUCCCAAAGACGAACUUUUUUAUUAUGUUCAUUAUUUUAUAUAACAAAGCCUUUUUCUAUAUACUAGUAUUUGGUUUUGCUUUGAACUGUUUCCUUUUAUGUGCCUUAGAUGCAAGUACAUAAAACUUUAUGAGGCUUGAAUGUUCAGAUUCUGCAGGGCAGUGUGCUAGCCUAGCAGUUAAAGUGUUGUUCUUCCUGCUGAAGGUCCAGGUUUGAUUCCCCUCAUGGGUAUAAUGUGUGUCCAUUCCUGGUGUUGUCUCCUGUGAUAUUGCUGGAACAUUGCCAAAGGAAGUCUCAAAACAACCUCACUCUGAAUCUGAACUUGUAAUCCUAAUUUUGCCUAGUUAGUAUAAAUUCUUAUAGGAAUUUUCCAUUGAAAACAAUAUGGAGUUGAUGGCUCUAGCAGUCAUUUGAAUGGCGUUGUAAAGAUUUUUCCCUGACCAAGAAGUUUAUCAUUACGUCUCUUACUUUAGCCCUAUUUGACACACAAAACUCUUGAAUAGGCGGUAUUCAACAUUUACAUCAGAUCAAUUUCAUUCUACCCAAAUAGGAUAAGAGUUACGAGCAAAAGAUGGCGUUCUAAAGUUUUUUCAAUGUUUACUUGUACAUAUGAUACUUUGUAGCUUAGAUUGAGUAGCUGUGAUGCAACACAAUGUUCAUGCUUGAUUAUCCAGUGUUUUGUAUCUCCAUUCUAUAAUACACAUGCCGGACCUAUUCACCAACACAGCUUCAUUUUAAACCAGAUUUAAAUGAUGCAAUGUUUAAACUAACUGUCCAAUCAAAUUGUAACAAGCAGUUAUAGCACUAUUACAGUGUUAUAGCACACCAGCAGUUAUAGCAGUUAUAGCACACUUACCUUAUUUCUUUUACCAUCUUUUAGCAGGAGAUCAUCGUAAGUACUCAGAAUACAAACCUUUUAAAGUUAAAAUUUAAUUAAUAAGUUUCAUUUCAAUACAGGGGCUUGUUUGUAUUAGGCUGCAAUUUUCAAUGAAGAACCUGGGUUCAGAAGAAACAUAUUCAUUGGCUAUUGAUUUCAAGUUCAAGGUCAUGAAACUCUUUUCAAAGUUAGUGAUGAGGGAUUGGUAUGGUGAUGUCCCAUCCCAAACAAGGCAAUACAGGUGAAUCAGUCCAGCAUUUUUAUUGUGACAGAUUGGUGAUAUAAUACAUGCGAUAAUGAAGGAUGCGUGUUGGCAAACCGAUGCAAUAUACAUCCAUCACAGACAGAUGUAAUGAAGUAGUGACACUUAGCUGUAUGGUACUGGUGCAUGUGUGACUGUAAUACCAGCAACCCACCAAUCAACGACUUGUAUUUCUAGGGCAAUUCUGACCCUUACUGCCACUAGCACAUGAUUGGUGGAUACUAUCAAGUAGCAACACUUAGCUGUACAGUAUUUGUGCAUGUGUAACUGUUACUGGCAUCCCACCAAUCAAUGGCUUGUAUUUCUCUUCAAAUACAAUUGGUUAACCUUAUCAUCUGUAGUAUGUGAUUGGUGAAGGCUGCAAGGGAUCAAAAGUACAAUUUUGGCGUCAUAAGUGAAUCAUGUCGAAGAUUGUGCAGAGCAACACUGAUAUAUUAAUUGCAAGCAACAUUAGCAGCGAUGCCAACCUGAAACUGAGACAAUUAGGAAUACUGAAAUUCUAAAUUUGUAACUUUAAAAAAUUAUUCAUGUUUCAUAUCUUAUCAUGUCAGUGUAAUUUGGUUCAAACUAUAGGAAUGGUUCCCUCCAUACCACAAUGGUUGCCAUCUCUGUAUUAGAAGAAGAACCAAACAGAGCAAGGAUGCAUCUGCUGAUAUCAAAAUGUACAACAUGCAACACCAAACUGAAUAAAGAUUCGAGAGGUA